AUCCAAAUACAAGACGUUGUCUAUUUGCCUAUUUGGAUAAUUGGUCUUUCAUUUGUCUUUUAGAUUAAAAAAAAAAAAAGACAAUAGUAAAACUUGUGCAUACCCAGUCGUAACACCGGCGGCCGGCAAGCUCCACCUUCAUUCCUCCGCAAAAAAUCAUCGCCCAUCUUCUUCAUUUCACCCCCUUUUUUCUGGGUUGACCAUCACUUUCUUCUUCCCCCUCAAUUUCUGCUUCAAUUUAUCUACCUCAUAUUAUCAAAUCCUAAAACUUUAUCCUGUCAAUUUCUUGACCCACCAAUAUUUCUAGUCAACUUUGCUAAAACUCUUAAUUGAACUCCUCUAAAGUCCCAAACUUCACGAGAUUUCAACUACACACAAAAAUUAAUUAAAACCCCUUCACAAAAAUUCAUUCUUUUUUCUAACCCAUGGUUGAAAUACAUGUAUAUGAUUUCCAAUGAUUAUUCAUGUAUAUGACUGCCAAUGAUGUUCGAUUGUGGUUAUGGUCAGAAGGAUAAGUUUGUCAGGUUGGAUGAUUUGGAUUCAACAGCUUCACUGUCUCCUGCUGCCGCUGGAGUGAAUAAAUGCCGAUUUGGUAUUGAGGGGCUUAAUUGUGCUAAUAAUAAUAAUAACAAUUAUGCAAUCAACAGAUCAUCUAAUUCUUUUAAGAAAGGUGUGAUGAGAGGUUCUGAAGGACUCCGUUCUAUUGGUAGAUCUCUUAGAUUUGGGGUUUCUCGAGCAGUGUUUCCUGAGGAUUUAAAAGUCUCUGAGAAAAAGAUUUUUGACCCACAAGAUAAAUUUCUACUACUUUGGAAUAAACUAUUUGUGGCAUCAUGUAUUUUUUCGGUUUCUGUGGAUCCCUUUUUCUUCUUUCUCCCAAUUGUCAAUCCGAAACUGAACUGUCUGGGCAUAGACCGAAAGUUGGCUGUUGCAGCCACUACAGUGCGUACAGUAAUAGAUGUUUUUUACCUCAUUCGUAUGGCUCUUCAAUUCCGAACUGCAUAUAUUGCUCCGUCAUCUAGAGUUUUUGGGCGGGGUGAACUUGUCAUCAAUCCUGCUCAGAUUGCAAAGCGGUAUCUGCUGGGCUAUUUUAUCAUUGAUUUCCUCUCCGUGCUGCCCUUACCACAGAUUGUUAUAUGGAGGUAUCUGCAGAGGCUGAAAGGUUCUGAUGUAUAUGCUACCAAACAGGCGUUGCUUUUCAUAGUCCUGAUUCAAUAUAUCCCUAGAUUUGUCAGAAUCAUUCCCCUCUUCUCAGAAUUGAAAAGGACAUCAGGUGUUUUUGCUGAAACUGCAUGGGCUGGUGCAGCAUACUAUCUGCUUCUCUACAUGCUCUGUAGCCAUAUAGUUGGGGCUUUAUGGUAUCUUCUAGGCAUGGAGCGUAAUGAUUCUUGUUGGCAGAAAGUUUGUUAUGAUAAUAAGGGAAACUGCAGCUAUAAUUUCCUGUAUUGUGACGAUCAGCAAUCACAAGGCUAUCAGACAUGGAGCAAUAUAAGCGAAAAAGUUCUUUCUGCCACUUGCUCUGGGAAAGAAGAUGAUGACGGAUUUGACUUUGGAAUUUUUGGACAGGCUUUGACGUCUGGCAUUUUCUCAUCAAGUAGCUUUAUAUCUAAAUACUGUUACUGCUUAUGGUGGGGGCUACAAAAUUUGAGUACACUAGGACAGGGACUUCAAACCAGCACCUAUCCGGGAGAGGUCAUAUUUUCCAUUGCACUGGCCAUUUUUGGGCUUAUCCUCUUUGCACUAUUGAUUGGUAAUAUGCAGACUUAUCUUCAAUCUCUUACCAUUCGACUUGAAGAGAUGAGGGUCAAAAGGCGUGAUUCAGAGCAGUGGAUGCAUCAUCGUUUGCUGCCUCAGGAACUCAGGGAACGUGUUAGACGAUAUGACCAAUACAAAUGGUUGGAAACACGUGGUGUUGAUGAAGAGAGCUUGGUCACUAGUCUACCUAAGGAUCUCAGGAGGGACAUUAAGCGCCAUUUGUGUCUUAAGCUAGUGAGAAGGGUCCCUUUGUUUGAAAAUAUGGACGAGAGGUUGCUGGAUGCAAUCUGUGAACGUUUGAAGCCAAGUUUAUACACGGAGAAAACAUACAUUCUUCGGGAAGGCGAUCCAGUUGAUGAAAUGCUCUUCAUUAUUCGUGGUCGCCUUGAGAGUGAGACAACCGAUGGUGGUCGAAGUGGAUUUUUGAAUCGCAGUUCAUUAAAAGAGGGCGACUUUUGUGGAGAUGAGCUUUUAACUUGGGCUUUGGAUCCCAGAUCUGGGUCUAACCUUCCAUCAUCUACUCGAACAGUGAGAGCCAUCACAGAAGUUGAAGCCUUUGCUCUUGAAGCAGAGGAGCUCAAAUUUGUAGCGAGUCAAUUUAGGCGUCUUCAUAGUAGACAAGUUCAACAUACUUUCAGGUUCUACUCAGAGCAAUGGAGAACAUGGGCUGCUCGCUUUAUUCAAGCUGCUUGGCGCCGAUAUUUGAAGAGAAAAUUGAUGGAGCAGCAGCGCCUCAAGGAAGAGGAAGAUGCUGAAGCUUCAAUGAAGAGUGGCAAUGGUGGUGCCUCUUAUAGCCUUGGAGCCACCUUUCUUGUAUCAAGGUUUGCUGCAAAUGCCCUUCGUGGGGUCCAUCGUAAUCGACUCUCCCGGGCUUCUAGUGUUCUGGUAAAACCACCUAAACCUCCAGAGCCUGACUUUUCUGCUGAUGCAGACUAACUGCUUGUUUGUCUUGAAGGCGAUUAUUAAAGCAGUUACAGUAAUUUUAUCUAUUUAUAUUUAUUGGUGGUUCCUUGAAGGUGAUUAGUUAUGUAUAAUACACAGUACAAAAUAUGCAUAAUAACUUGUAUCAGGGGGUUCAGAUUUAUUGUUGUACGAAGUGUUAUUUAUUGUUAAAAACUAAAUAUAUUUGUAUAGGUGUAGUCUAUAACCAUCCGAAGCUGGUUUAUUUGUUCAGGUGUCGAACUUAGUUUAUGUUUUGUCAAGAACAAAAUCAUAGUUUCUCUAAUCUUAUUCGGCAAUGCUUCAUUGAGUAGCCAAAACUUUACGACA